AUGCUUAGUGGAAUUUUCAAGUCUCCAGCUUUGAAUAUCUCUCGUCUUUCGUUGUUUAGACGGCCCAUCCAGCGGCCACUGCGAUUCAAUACCACUGUUGGCAAAAAGGCGGAUGAAAAGCCGUCUUUGAAGAAAUUGAUGCAAACUUACGGAUACUCUGCCCUGGGUGUGUAUUUAGGCUUAUCAGCCAUUGAUUUCCCUAUCUGCUUUGUAGCGGUGCACUCCCUGGGAGAAGAGACCAUUCGCGUCUACAUCAACAAGGCUCAACAGCUAGCGGGAUAUGGUCGGGACGAGACUGAAUUGAUCAAAGAAGUUAGGGCCAGCAUUGAGGAAAAAGAGAAGAGAAAACUGUCAGGCGAAGCAGACGACACCUCCUUUUGGACAAGAAUGAAGGAGAGCACGCUUCUGACUGAAGCUUUGAUCGCAUAUGGGAUACACAAGAGUUUGAUAGUUCUCCGACUACCAGUGGCGGCAGCUAUCACACCGGCCACAGUGAAGAUUUUGCAAAAAUGGGGAUUUAACGUGGGUAACUUCAAUAAGAGCUUCAAAACUGCUGGAGAAAGUGCCAAAGUCAAAUUCAAGACCGGUAACCCUAAAGAUUUUGUUAGUGGCGUUCAAGUCCCAAAGCAGUCGCAAGGGAAGGGAAAGAAGUGGUUUGACGGGCUCAUGUAG